GGACGGGGCCGCUGGAUGUCACCCGUGUGCCGUGCGCGCCCGGGGCUGCCCCUCCGCGGGCUGGCUGCGCUCACGCGUGUGCCCGCGGCUCCGCGCACACGCACGGACACGCGGGGCCCCGGCGGGCUCCGUCCCCGCGGGAUUUCCCAACUGCUGGCAGGACGCGGCGCCCCUGCAGCCCCCCCGCGCCCUGCCCCGACCUUUGCACGAAUCCCCCGGAGCUAUAAAGAGGGAGCCCGGGGCCGCCCCGCGUCACACAGCCCGGCGCAGCCAUGAAGGUGUCGCUGCUGUUCCUGCUGGCCUGCACGGCCGUCCUGGCGCUGGGAGCACGGGCCGACUCGCCGGAGGAGCCGAAGGCGCUGGUGCAGAAGGUGCAGGAGCUGGCCCAGAAAGCCACGGCCAUGGCCAAGGAAGCCUUCAGCAGGGUGCGGGAGUCGGAGGCGGCGCAGCAGGCCAGGCAGUGGCUGUCGGACAGCGCGGAGCUGGCGAAGCAGCGGCUGGUGUGGCUCAAGCAGCAGCUGGCCGAGCUCCUGAAGAAGACUCCGCCCGCGUAGCCUCGCCAGGGGCUGCCCGGGGUCUGUCGGGGACCCCCCCCCGAUCCCCACCCGCUGCCGUGGUGCUCUCAAUAAAGCGGGGCUGUCGCAAA